AUGGCUCUUUUCCAAGACACAGUAAACUUUGUCACGUCCAAUCCAAUCAUUCUGGGAGCCAUUCCUCUGCUUCUGUUUGUUCUUUCGCUACUACGAUCGUACCUUCGACUGUCCCACAUCCCCGGCCCAUUUUACGCUCGCUGGACCAACAUUCCCCGUUUCACUUGGGUUUUGAGCUUCAAGGCGCAUGAUAUCCACACAGCACUGCAUCGAAAAUAUGGUGCCCUUGUCCGUUUUGGUCCGAAUAUGGUGUCUGUUGGUGACCCGAAAGAAGUCGGUCACAUAUAUGGGUUUACCGAGCCAUGGAUGAAGUCCGACUUUUACCACGCCCUACUUAUGAAACCUCGCGGAAAGCCUAUUCCCGGGAUCUUUGCAGCACAAGACGAGAAAGUCCACCGCGCUUUGAAGAAGCCCAUCUCGAGCGCCUACUCCAUGAGCACCUUGCUCUCCUUCGAGCCCUACGUCGACAGCACUAUGCGUGUAUUCUGUGAGCAACUCGAGACUCGCUUCCUGGAGAAAAAGACACCCCUAGAUUUCGGCAAGUGGUUGCAGAUGUUUGCUUUUGAUGUCAUUGGCGAGUUGACCUAUUCGCGGCGUUUGGGAUUUCUUGAGUCAGGAGAGGACAUCAAUUAUGUCAUGGCGAGCAUCUGGGGGACGUUUAAGAAGACUUCGUUGGUUACCCAAAUGCCCUGGCUCGACAAAUUCUGGAUCAAUAACCCCAUCCAACGCUGGCUACGAGGUGGUGGCGCCAGCCCCGGGGCAGCGUUCGCCAUGGCCCGCGUAGAGGAACGUCGGGAAUUGCAGCGCACCACGAACAAGAAUGACUGGCACUUUAACACGCGUGAUUUUUUGUCCAGGUUCAUGGAGGCGGAAGCCAAGGAUUCAUCGUGCGUAUCUGCACGAUUCCUUCUCGAUUCCUUGCUCAUUGAAAACAGUGCUCUGAGUGCCUGGGCUUCCUCCAACAUCACCGCCGGUAGCGACACCACCGGUAUCUUCCUACGGGCUGUCUUCUACCAUCUCCUCACCAAUCCAGACACCCUACAGAAGCUCCGGAAAGAACUGGAUAACGCAGCCGCAGCGGGAAAUCUAAAUGAGCUGGCUUCGUGGAAGCAAACUCGCGAACUACCCUAUCUCGAUGCAGUGAUUAAAGAGGGUGGCCGUAUUCACCCCCCGUUCGGACUUCCAUAUGAGCGGGUUGUACCCCGCCAAGGCGCGACUAUCUGUGGCAAGUACCUGCCGGGUGGCACAGUAGUUGGUAUGAGUGCAUGGGUGGUACACCGGAACAAGGAGCUGUACGGAGAGGACUGCGAUGAGUGGAAUCCGGACAGAUGGUUGAGAUGUGAUGCAGACAAGCGCAGGAAGAUGGAGAAUGCACUGCUGACGUUUGGGGCCGGUCAUCGGACCUGCAUGGGAAAGCAUAUCGCGUAUCUAGAGAUGUACAAGGUGGUUCCGACUUUGUUGAGGAAGUACGAUGUAAGUGUUUCUAUUUUUUUUUUUUUAAUGGAUUGGGCUGAUAUGAGCAGUUCGAGCUGGUGGGACAGGAAGAGGGAGGAGGCUGGCGGGUGA